AUGAACUUCACCUUCGACGCUCUGCCGUACAACGGCAGCGUCUUUACGGUGGGAAAUAGCUCGUCACCAGGCAAUCUGGUCAACGGGUCCGAGACGUAUGGCGGCAUGCCAGGAUUCAACCGAAUGGGGCAGAUUGUGCUCACAUUAUUACUCAGCUCAUUCGCCGUGGUCGGUGGAGUCGGUAAUCUGUUGGUUAUUUGGGCCUUCAGUCGUCAGGCGCGCAGAGCAGUCGUCUCAAGUCUGUUGAUCAUUCUGCUGGGCAUCACCGAUCUGGUCAUCUGCCUCGUGGACAUUCCAGUCACGCUCUACUUGAAGGUGUGGUUCCGUGAGGCCACCGUCGUGUUGUGUCGUCUUCACGGCGGCCUCAAAGGCUUCAUAAUCCCAUUCUCAUCUGGUCUACUUGUACUGAUCGCGCUUGAACGCUUCCUUCUCAUCUGCUUCAUGCCAGGCACUCCACUGCGGCCCAGAGCCACGGGCUACCUGAUCGUUGGUCUGUUCGUCAUCUGCGUCGGUCUCGCGAUGCCCGUCAGCCUGCGCAGCACCCUGUUGGAGCGAAAUAGUCAAGGCGACCUCCUGUUGCCAACAAUGCGUCCAGCCGCGCUGGGUGGCGCAGGAAACAGGACAGCCAUCACGGCCGGCCAACAGCGCAAACGAAGCGGCGGAGGAGCAGUGCGAAGCUGUAUGCGUGACGUCAGCUACCUGUCGGAUCAGGCCUACUGGCACUACACGAUUGCCCAGUCCCUCAUCUAC